CUGACGGCUCACCUUUUCCCACUUUACUCAAAAGUCAUAUGCCUCCCCCAUCACAUUUUUGUUAAUUUUUUCCCCGAUAUUUACCCCGUAAACAGUGUCCACUCGAAGCAAAAUUAUACGAUGAAGGUUUACUGGAAGGCCCUGUUCGGUUACGGUUUCGUUUUCUGGAUCAUCUUGUGCCUCACGGAUCUCCUGGGGGUGACGCACCUGAACAAAUACAAGGAGAACCUGGACGACCUGUACGAGCAACCUUGGGCGAUGCAGCAUCUGGAAAACAAGCUGGAUGGCUUCCAUUAUGGAGGAAUGCAGUUCGGUUGGUCACUGCUGCUCUGGAACACUUUGACCUUUAUCAUUUCCAUGCUGGUUUGCUCCUUUAUAAGAUCCUCUGUGCUGCUCUUCAGGAGCCUUUGUAAGUCUUAUAAAGCUCCUGAGGUGCCCCCACUCAACCAGUACGAAAACAAAAGCCUCAGCAAGAUCCCUGUUUUGGUAAAUAAGGCAUUGACAAGAAACUCUGAUACAACCCUGCUUCCCUUAAGAACGAACUACAGCAAAGAGCUGAGCUGCCCUAAUUUACUGUGCAGGGCAAGCGGGAGCAGUGCGUCAGUAUCAACCUGCAGGACCCUUUUCAGAAAGGACAUCUACUUCUGCGCCCCAUCGGGCUUAAGUCAGGAGGACCAGCUGGAAAAACAGUGCAAGAGGCUCAAGCAGGAGCUGCACCGUUUGCAAACUGUUUCCCUUAAGGAGCACGCGAUCCUCUCCAGGAAAUUAGAAGCAAUCGUUAAGGAACGUAACGAACUGUCCAGACAAUUCAGCGUAUCCAAGAAGGAAAACCGGGCUGCCAAACAGCAGCUAGAGGAGCUGCUCCUAGAAAAAGGUCAGCUGCUUAAGAAGCUCGAAAACGCCGCAAAAGAAUUCAAGUCUAACACGAAAACCAAGAAGUUGGCUCUGGCGAAACUGGAGGAGGUCAGCGGGACCGCGGAGGAGCUGAGGCAGCAGCUGGAGCAAGUCAGCAGGGACAAAGAGAUCCUGGACAAGAAGCUGAAGCUGCUGGAGAGUGAAUAUAAUAAGUUGCACGAGCGGUUUAUAGCUUCCCAACAGAAGCUGUACGACGAAGAGAACUUGCCGGAACGUGACGAGAACUGCGUGAAACCCGCGAAAGUUCUCGCCUCGGUCUCGCAAACCGAAGUGGACAUGAGGAACAUCCAGGAAAAGAUCAAACGACUCGAGAAGAACUUGGAGAACUUGAACUGCGGCAGCGUCGAUCUCCUCGCCUCCGAGUUGAGCUUGAGUUUCGAUAACAAUAGCGCCUCCGACUCCCAAAACAAACACUCCUCCUGGACUAAUUAUAGUCUUUUAUCCAGCGGGAGUACCCCAAGACAGACCGGCUAUUGGUCGGAUAAGGUGGCCGAUCUGAUCAGCAGGAACAAGCGACAGUUCGCCAAGAUCCACGAGCUUGCGGUGAAAAUGCAGGAAAAAACCGGAUGGCUUGGUGGUAGACCUGAGGAGGAGGAGGAGGUAGAAGUCAGUUCGGAUUCGGAGGACGCAGAGCCCAAGAGGAUGGUCAGCAGCUCUUUGGCGUUUAAGAAUUUCCUUAAGAGUCUUAAUAAGUUGGACGCGGCCAAGAAGGAGCAACCGUCGUCGAACAGCGAAGUGUAUUUUUAAAUUCUUGUAGUCUAUUAAAGGAUCUGAUGAAUUUAA